AUGCGGCGCAUUGAUGCGCUCUCUGUGGCGCUUUGUGCCUUGCUUUUAGUACAGACGGUGAUUUCACGUAAGUAGUCAAGAAUAGUCUCAAGUGUAAAUUAUAGAAGAAGCCGAUCCAUGUAAACGACAGCCCUUCAGAGGACGAUGUCCAGGAACAGGACCCAAUGGCCAACCCCAAAGAUCUCAGUUUGUGUUGAGGUAUUACUUGAGGAGUGGAGAAUGUGUUUCGUAUCCAUACGGUAAGCGCUUAUUCGACAUUUUUUUCACAAACUCCGCUAAUUUCUAAUCAAAAAAUUGUCUUACAGGACAUUGCUCGAAUGACGAAAACGAACCCAAAUUGUUCCGUUACAAAGAGGAAUGUGAAGAUGCUUGUAUCGGAGACAAGGAGGUGGUUGAGCAUACUCAGUCUCCCAACUCUGUCCAAACUUAUGCCACGAUGUCCCCAGGCAAAUCCGAAUGUCAGAAACAACGUGAACUGAAAGGAUCUGGAAACCUGGUCAAGGGAGCUUAUGUCCCCGAAUGUGAAGCCGAUGGAUCUUUCAAAGCUCUUCAAUGCGAACAAGAUGGCUUGACUUGUUUCUGUGUUGACCGGUCGGGUAUUGAGCUUACCAACUCUCGUUGCCAACCAGGCCAGCCAAAGCCUGACUGUGAGAAGAUCGCAGCUGCCCCACCAAUGCGUUCAAAUGAAUGCACAGGCGGAGUCAACGCCGGGCCUUGCCAAGGACACAUUCCAAGAUGGUUCUAUGAUGAGAGAACUCUUCAAUGUAAACAAUUUGACUAUUCUGGUUGUGGUGGAAACGGCAACAACUAUGCAACUGAGGUUGCUUGUAAGCUCCGUUGUGCGCCCCAGCCAGAAGCCAAGGAUCAAUUCUGUCACAGUGGAUUGCCGUUGAAGAACCCCGAAGGAUCGUUGGCCGACUGUUCAAAGAGCAGCUGUCCAAGUGGGUUCAAGUGUAACAACUUGCCCACUCAAUCCGUCUGUUGUCCCGAUGUCGAGAAGAAUGCUGAAGCUGGAGUCUUGGAUUCCGGAAGAAAGGCCAAUCCCUGUUCAUUGCCCAAGGAGAGAGGUCCUUGCGACAAAUAUGAGCUUCGUUUCUACUACAGCGCCGAGCUUAAGGAAUGUAAAUAUUUCUUCUAUGGAGGUUGCGACGGGAAUGCCAACAACUUCGGACGCAAGGAAGAGUGCGACCAGGUUUGCAAUGCAGGCAAGAAUUCAAAUACUUUUAUUCUUAUCAGAUGUCAACGUUACGUAACAAAUUAGUGCUUUAGGUCAAGCAGUAAAUGCCGGUGAAACUCCAACUGCCGCCCCAGCCACCGAAGUUCAAGAACAAACCACUGCUCAAGAGACUGUUGUCCCUGCUGUCACCACUGAGGUCAUCCCAGAGAAUGAACCUGAACCUAUUCAGACAACUGUUGAUACCUUUGAGCCAUCGUAAGUACUCAACCUCUGUAUGAAAACUUCCUUUGCAGUACCACCACAGUUGUUGAACGAACCACCGUCGAUCAGACUUUGGUCAAACUGAACAGCAAGGAAGAAGAGGCUACUGAAGAAAGGCCAGAAGACCGUCAGACUACUGUUGCCGAGAUUGAGGCUCCUUCAGAACAGAAGGCCACAACUGAAGAGCAAAAGACAGAAACUGAGGCCCCAGCCAAUGAAGCCACUACACAGCAAGCUGUUCAAGUUGACUCUGAAGCACAAGCCGAAGAAAAGUCAGAACAAAAGGAAACGUCAAAGCCGAUUGAUAAUGGAACCGAGGACUCUGAGCUGACCCAACGACCAGUCCAAGAGACCGAAGUCCCAACUCAACCGCAGACUCAGCCUCCUGAGACUGUCGCCCCAGUCCAGACUCGCCCGCCUCGGCCACAAACUAAACGUCCACCCCCACCAACCACCACUGCCGUCCCUCUUCCGACCAACAGGUGUCAACAUCCAGUUGACAGCGGGAACUGUGGUGGUCGAUUCGAUAGAUGGAUCUGGAAUGCCGAAAAAAGAAUCUGCGAGAGUUUCAUCUACACUGGAUGUGGAGGAAAUGGAAACAACUUUGGCAGUCGCGAAGAAUGUCUCAGCAUCUGUCACAUUGAGGGUGAGAAUUAAAAAAUGUUAUUGUACUUUUUUUUAACCAUCACAAAAAAUUUGCUGUUAUUUUAGUAGUUCCAAAAGUCAGCCCCAAGGAAGUCGACCUCGAGAAUGUCUGCGAUGCUGAAAUUGAUGCUGGAAACUGUGGAGGAUCUUUCCUCAGAUUCGCGUUCGAUAAGGAGACCAAGGAUUGUAAACAGUUCAACUAUGGAGGUUGUGGAGGAAACGGAAACAACUUCGCCAACAUGAAAGACUGCCGCAAGAAGUGCGCCGAUAAUGUUCAAGGUACCCACAAAGGCCAACGCACUGACUGUAAAUUAAUUUCAUUGUUUCUUUCUUCGAGUAGUAUCAUUGGUGAAGAGAGAAAGAAACAAUCUCUAGUAGAGCACCGUUAACCCUGUUUUUGUUCAGCUAACGCCACUUUUUUUGUUUUCCCAUUAUAGGUUUGUGUUCACAAUUUUGUUGUUGUUUUAGCCACCACCUUACCCGAAGAUCUCUGCGAACAUCCAGUUGAUGUGGGAGAGUGUUCGGGAGUGUUCGCUCGUUUCGCCUACAACCAGCUCACCAAUGACUGCCAGCAGUUCACAUACGGUGGAUGCGGCGGAAACGGAAAUAACUUCCCGAACAAGGCUGAAUGUUUGUCGGCGUGUGCAAAAGGUAUUAGUCAGCAGAGAAUUAGGGAUGAGAAAGUUUGUUGUGGAUUCUGUUUAUGCACUUUACAGUAACUUUUUAUCUUGUUCCACUACCAAAAUUAGUUUUUGUCCGUUAGUAGUCACUUAGAGCACAAUAAUUACAUCCUCCUUUCUUAUUCACACACAACUUCAGUUAAAUGCCCACCCGAACCAGCCUGUGACAUCGGCCGUUGCCAGUUGGUGAAAGAUGCCCACGGCUGCUCCUUCUGCAGUUGUCCACCACCUCCCUCAAUCUCGCACCCACCACUCCAACCUCGUACGCACCUUCACUUGUUUCCUUAAUAAAUUAAUUUUAGCCCCAGUAAUCAACCAACGUCCUCAUUGUCCAGUUCUGGAUCUACAAUCCUGCACUGAUCCUUGCAUUAUCUUCACCAACCGUGAAGGAUGUCAAGAAUGUGUGUGCCCGGUGACUCCACCCACCUUCGUUCCUCGUCCUCCUGGCUCAUUCGAAGGCCGUCCACCAGCCCCACCAGCUCCUCCAGCGCCAGUUGAUAUCCCUCACAAACGUAAGCAAUGUUUUCAAUGUUAAAAAUUAUCGCUAUAAAUAGUUUUAGCGUUAUUAAUAUAUGAAAAUUAUCAUUGAGGAUGACAUCCGAGUUUUAAAUUCUUUUCCUUCAGAACCCAAACCACCAACGGUUGAGGGCAGACCAUUGAAGCAGAACACUGAGAACGAGAUUCGUGACGAAGUUCGCCCUGAGGUCUUCCCAGAGCGUGAAUUCCCAAUUCAGCCAGCUCCUCCUCCACGGCAACAUGCUAUUGCUCCUCCAGAUUUCUCUGAGCCAUUCCCUGAAUUGGGAGAACAAUGUACCCAGAGAAUGGACCCCGGACCAUGCUCCAACUUUGUGCAAAGAUGGUUCUUCAACCCUGCUCAAGGCGCUUGCGAACCCUUCCAAUAUGGUGGAUGUGCCGGAAACAGAAACCACUUCUUCACUGAGCGUGAAUGCCAGAUUCAUUGCCAGAGAUUUGCAGCUCGUAAGUUUUAUCACACUCACAAUCGCACACUAAGCACUAAAUUAGGCGUUGAAACCACCACUGAGUUUGUUGCACCCUCACACCAAUUCCCAAAUGCACCAGUUGCUGAACGCGGCAACGGCCAACAGAGAGGCGCUGAGCAACAAGGAGAACGUCAACGAUUCCAAGGUCUAAUUGAAAAAGGAUUCCGUGGGCAACAACAAGUCGUCCAACAACAACGAUUCCAAGGGCAAAGCCAGGGUUUCCGUAAUGAACAAGUUCCUCAACAAGGCCAUUUGGAAGAAGGAUUCCGAGCACAACAACCAUCUAUCCCUCAACAAGGUUUCCAAAAACAAGGCCAAGGAUUCCGAAGUGAACAAGUUCCUCAACAAGGCCAAUUUGAACAAGCACCCCGAGGACAACAACAAGUCGUUCAACAACAACAAUUCCAAGGACGAAGCCAAGGUUUCCAAAAUGAGCAAUCUCCUCAACAAGGCCAAUUUGAGCAAAGAUUCCAAGGACAACAACAACCUAUUCUUCAUCAAGGCUUCCAACAACAAGGCCAAGGUUUCCAAGGAGAACGACAAGUUCAAGGCCAAAGGCCAAUUGCUGAGCCAAAUCAUCGCCCUCAACCUUCCGCUCAGUCAGAGCAAGGAGUUGUUGUCUCUCGCCCGAUCCAAUCCGGUCCACAUGUGCCAGAAAGAAGAAUCCAAAACCAACAAUUUGAAUUCAUUGAGCAGAACUUGAACAACCACGAAGCCGUCAAUGUAGACAUGCCCAAAUCUGCACCACGACCAUCGGUGCCGUCCGGAGCUGACCUGAAGAACUUUGGUUCAAGCUUGGAAGGCCACAUGGAAAGAGGAAAUGUUGAGCAAUCAAACUUCCCUCCACAAAGCACUUUUGAACGUAAGGACACGCUUACUGCACAAAGCACUUCUGCACCCUUGCCUUCUCCCGCUUUCCAGCCUUCUGAAAACGCUCAGUCUGGCCUGGUCACCCGGGCCUGGCAUUUUGUUUCCAAAGCUCCGCUUCAGCCAGAAAACGGUCAGCCCUUAUCUCCUCAGCUGGUCGUACCUUUGCCAUUUGAGCCAGUCCAAAAGGAGAAUCCCUCCCCUCAAGAGCCACCAGUCAGUUUUGGCCAAGACACCAAGUCGCGGCCCGUUGUUCAUGCCCAGCCAUCACUCCAAGAGAUAUCCCAAGGUGAAGGAUAUAAUCCUGAGCAGGCUCUGAGUCGCGAGAACAACCCUUACGCGGUUAAAAACUCUCAGACUCCACCACCCAACUUCAACAUCCCUCCUUUCAAGCCAAGUGGAAACAUUAAUGACCAAUAUAUUCCACCACAAGCUCAGCCUUCGUAUCCUAAUCAAUUCAAUGGGCCAUCAGUGAACAACCAGCAGUACAUCCCACCUCAACCUGCUACCAUUGGGCCAAAUGUGAGGCCCACAAUUAACGAAGUUGCCCAUGGAAACCCGUGGACUUCUCCAACUGUCGCACCUUCAGCUCAGCCACCUCAGACUUCUCAUGCUGUUGUUCCUCCAGCUGAGUCUUCCCAAUCUGAAUAUAGGAAGGUUAAAGACUUGGCCCCAGCGCCACUUGCUCCAACUGAGAGCGAUAAAACUGUAAAGAAAGUUGAAGAAGUUAAAGUCGAAGAACAGACUGAGCCAUCUACCAUCAAGACAACUGAAUUGACCACUGAAGCCUUGGUUGAGGCUAAAGUAACCGAGGAAAUCAAAGAGACCACCCCCGAAGUCACUACAGAAGCUACUACUCAUCGUCUUAACAUCAAGCCUAUUUCUGAAGUUAAUGCUAAAGCCAAGGCUUCCAAGAUUGAGCCUCUCCUCGAGAAAGCGAUUGAAGUGAAAACUGAGGAAAAGGAGGUUCACUCCGGAGAAUUCCAACCAGCAAUUUCCCAAAAAGGAAAGAUGCCAGUAGCUUCUACCAGCUUCGAUGGAAAUGACGUUGUCGAGAAACCGCAAGUGAAACAAAGCCUGGUUGAACUGAAACCAGUUGAAGUGCCAAAGAAAUCGAUUGAAGAAAGCACUUUGGCCUCUGAACAUCUUAUCCCAAGUUUCGUUGACAUGGAUCAAGAUAAAGAUUUGUUGGAACCAGCUAGUGGCGAAGAACCAAUCGACAUUUCGAAGAGUGUUGAUAUUACUGCUUCAGAAGCGCCAGUUCAGUCAUCAUCAUCACAAACUACUCAAGAAACAACGAAAUCUGAAUCUACGAUCACACAGAGCACAACACCAAAAGGUUUUUAUUUCUUUCACUUUUGCACGGUGCCGGCUAACAGUUUGUGGAGACUAACAAAAGCUUUGCUUUUUCAUUUUAAUAAUCAUACUGUUUAGACGUUCCAACCACUUCCCGAGCCACAUCUCCCGUCCCUCCCCCAACAACUUCUCGACCAGCUCAACAAGGUCUCCCCAACUUCAGAGAGAAUCCUUUGCCCGCCGACAAGGUUAUCCAGCCACCAACCACCGAGGCUCCAGAAGUGCCAGAAGAGAAGACCACUUAUCCAGCCGAGCCCAUGACCACUCCUAAUCCAGCUCUCGCUAGCCAAUCUACUAUUGGAAGAAUUGUUACUGGUGGAUUGAACUAUCAGACCGGUAAACAACACGGUGUCAAGAACAACCCAUCUGCCAACAUUGAUGAAUCUCAACUUGAUUUAGUCAGUGGAAAGCCAAUCGAAACCUUGGAGGAGGCUGCUCAACACUUCGACAAUGUUGCUGCUUGUCCUAACCACAAAGAGCCACUAAGAUAUGCUGAUGGGAACACUGUUCUGUGCUUGCCAGGAAGAAAUCAAUGUCCAGACAACUCGGUCUGCUACUUCAACGGUCUUGAUUUCUUCUGUUGUCCCAAUGUUGAUGAUCCUUACGACAACCAUAUCUUUGGGGGAUACGACGGCGAAGAGGAGAAGCACGGAUACAAGAACACCUUGAACAUCAAAGCAAUUCCUUCUCGUGCCAGACGUCAUGCCGCCCAACGUCCCUUGCCCGCAUCUUCCUUCUCCAUUGAUCACAUUACUUCUCCCCUUCGAUUUGAUGGACAAGCUCCAAAACAGAUCUCCAGAGCAGGAUUGGCCGGCCUCCGUGUGAACCCUUGUACUCAGGAAGUCCAGAAGGGAAGUUGUGAAGGCCAACAUCUCAGAUAUUUCUACGAUAUCCACUCCGAUGAUUGCCGUCUUUUCUACUUCUCUGGAUGUGAUGGAAAUGACAAUAACUUUGCCACUCAAGUUGAAUGUGAACGCAGAUGCAAACUAGGUAAGUAAAAACAUGCAAUCGUUAUAUCUGGGAUUGCAGGUCCUAUUAUUGAAAAGCCCGCUCCUAUCGCUAAUGACAAGACACCAGCUGGACAAUGCCCCAACGGUCAAGCUCCUCUCGGAGAGAAUGCCCCAGUUCUUUGUGGAAAUCAGACUGAUUCCAUUGGGUGCCCCUCAGGCUACUACUGCCGUGAAGGACCUCCAGAUGUCUGUUGCCCAACCGAAGGAAACGAGAUCUUGACUCCUCAACGUCAAUGGGGAGAUGUGCGAAGAAAGGAACGCGUCCAAUUCAGUGCUUCCGUAUCCGAGAAAGCUCCUCUUCCAGUUCAUCAAGCUGCUUUUGGAGUUGCGACUAAGACUCAAGACAAGGACCUCGAUCAGAAGAUUCCAUUGAUUGAGGCCAAGAACGAACCCGAAGAUAUUUCCCAAGCCAAACAGCCAGAACUUUUCCCUUCAAACAUGUGUCCAGAUGGAUCUGAUGCCUUGAAUGGAAGCGAAGGCAAGCCUUUGGUCUGUGGAGCUGGGUUGUCACUGGAUGGUUUCAAGAUGUGCCCUCGAGGCUUCUAUUGUUCGAUGGAUUUGGAGAGGAACUCUCGACUUUGCUGUCCUUUGGAGAUCCAGUCGAGUAAUGUUCCCCCACCACCAGUAGUUGCCCCUUACCUCGGCCAUCGCCAUGCCAAUCCAGGUGAGGCCAUCGGCCGUGGCUCUCUUCCCUCGGAUCUUCGCCGGAGGGCCUAA